ACAGCCGCGGGGCUCGGAGCGGCUGGCAGCACGGACACGCUGGGAGAGCGGGAGGAGGAGGCUGCGGACAUUUUGCUGCCGAGCCAAGCCAGCCGUGGCGCCGGGAGCCGCUCUCGGUCUUGCGGAGUCUGGCCACCGAUAAGGGACCAAAAUGACUGACUCAAAAUAUUUCACCACCACCAAGAAAGGGGAGAUCUUCGAGCUGAAAGCAGAGCUCAACAGUGACAAGAAGGAGAAGAAGAAGGAGGCGGUGAAAAAAGUGAUUGCGUCAAUGACCGUGGGCAAAGACGUCAGUGCCCUCUUCCCCGAUGUGGUGAACUGUAUGCAGACGGACAACCUAGAGCUGAAGAAGCUGGUGUACCUAUACUUGAUGAACUAUGCCAAGAGUCAGCCGGACAUGGCCAUUAUGGCCGUCAACACCUUUGUGAAGGACUGUGAGGACCCCAACCCCCUGAUCCGAGCCCUGGCUGUGCGGACCAUGGGCUGCAUCCGCGUUGACAAGAUCACAGAGUACCUGUGCGAGCCCCUCCGAAAGUGCCUGAAGGACGAGGAUCCCUAUGUGCGCAAGACAGCAGCUGUGUGUGUGGCCAAGCUUCACGAUAUUAAUGCCCAGUUGGUGGAGGACCAGGGCUUCCUGGACACCCUGAAAGACCUCAUCUCUGACUCUAACCCCAUGGUGGUGGCAAAUGCAGUGGCUGCCCUCUCAGAGAUCGCCGAGUCUCACCCCAGUAGCAACUUGCUCGACUUGAACCCGCAAUCCAUUAACAAGCUGCUGACUGCCCUGAACGAGUGCACCGAGUGGGGCCAGAUCUUCAUCCUGGACUGCCUGGCCAACUACACGCCCAAGGACGACCGUGAGGCCCAAAGCAUCUGCGAGCGGGUCACCCCUAGACUAUCUCACGCCAACUCUGCUGUAGUGCUGUCUGCUGUGAAGGUGCUGAUGAAGUUCAUGGAGAUGUUGUCUAAGGACCUGGACUACUAUGGCACACUGCUGAAGAAGCUGGCCCCACCCCUGGUCACACUGCUGUCGGCUGAGCCUGAGCUGCAGUACGUGGCCCUACGUAACAUCAACCUCAUCGUGCAGAAAAGGCCUGAGAUCCUGAAGCACGAGAUGAAGGUUUUCUUUGUGAAGUACAAUGACCCCAUCUACGUGAAGCUGGAGAAGCUAGACAUCAUGAUCCGCCUAGCCUCCCAAGCCAACAUCGCCCAGGUGUUGGCGGAGCUGAAAGAGUAUGCAACAGAGGUGGACGUGGACUUUGUACGGAAGGCUGUGCGAGCCAUCGGCCGCUGUGCCAUCAAGGUGGAGCAAUCAGCGGAGCGCUGUGUGAGCACACUGCUCGAUCUCAUCCAGACCAAGGUCAACUACGUGGUCCAGGAAGCCAUCGUGGUCAUCAAGGACAUCUUCCGCAAGUACCCCAACAAGUAUGAGAGCGUGAUCGCCACGCUGUGUGAGAACCUGGACUCCCUGGACGAGCCCGAGGCCCGGGCUGCCAUGAUCUGGAUUGUAGGCGAGUAUGCUGAGCGCAUCGACAACGCUGAUGAGCUACUGGAAAGCUUCCUCGAGGGCUUCCACGACGAGAGCACACAGGUCCAGCUGCAGCUGCUGACGGCCAUCGUGAAACUCUUUCUGAAGAAGCCUACUGAGACCCAGGAGCUGGUACAACAAGUCCUCAGCCUGGCCACUCAGGACUCCGAUAACCCGGACCUGAGGGACCGUGGCUACAUCUACUGGCGCUUAUUGUCCACCGACCCAGUGGCUGCCAAGGAGGUGGUGCUGGCUGAGAAGCCGCUUAUCUCUGAAGAGACAGACCUCAUCGAGCCCACACUCCUGGACGAGCUCAUCUGCUACAUUGGCACACUGGCCUCCGUCUACCACAAGCCACCCAGCGCCUUUGUGGAGGGCGGCCGGGGCGUUGUGCACAAGUGCCUGCCACCCCGCACCGCCUCGAAUGAGAGCGCAGAGAGCCCUGAGGCGGCCCCCACCGGAGCCCCCCCUGCUGAGCAGCCUGAUGUCAUCCCCCCUCAGGGUGACCUGCUGGGAGACCUCCUCAACCUGGAUCUCGGCCCUCCAGUGAGCGGCCCUCCCCUGGCCACCUCCUCAGCGCAGAUGGGAGCAGUGGAUCUUCUUGGCGGAGGCCUUGACAGCCUGAUCGGCAGCACCAAUUUCACGCCCCCCGCAGCAGCAGUACCAGCCAGCCUAGGAGCACCUAUUGGCAGCGGCCUGAGUGACCUCUUUGACCUGACCAGUGGCGUGGGCACCCUGUCAGGAUCAUAUGUUGCCCCCAAAGCAGUCUGGCUCCCAGCCAUGAAGGCCAAGGGGCUGGAGAUCUCGGGCACUUUCACCCGCCAGGUGGGCUCCAUCUCCAUGGACCUCCAGCUGACUAACAAGGCCCUGCAGGUCAUGACUGACUUUGCCAUCCAGUUCAACCGCAACAGCUUUGGCCUGGCCCCCGCCGCCCCCCUCCAGGUCCAUGCGCCGCUCAGCCCCAACCAGACUGUGGAGAUCUCCUUGCCUCUCAACACAGUGGGCUCAGUCAUGAAGAUGGAGCCUCUGAACAACCUCCAGGUGGCCGUGAAGAACAACAUUGACGUCUUCUACUUCAGCACCUUGUACCCACUGCACAUCCUCUUUGUGGAGGAUGGGAAGAUGGACCGGCAGAUGUUCCUGGCUACGUGGAAGGACAUUCCCAGUGAGAAUGAAGCCCAGUUCCAGAUCAGAGACUGCCCCCUCAAUGCAGAGGCUGUGAGCAGCAAGCUGCAAAGCAGCAACAUCUUCACCAUCGCCAAGAGGAACGUGGAGGGCCAGGACAUGCUGUACCAGUCCCUGAAGCUGACCAAUGGCAUCUGGGUGCUGGCUGAGCUGCGGAUCCAGCCAGGCAACCCCAGCCUCACGCUGUCCCUGAAGUGUCGAGCACCAGAGGUGUCCCAGCACGUGUACCAGGCCUACGAGACCAUACUCAAGAACUGAGAUCUGCCCAGCGCCUGCUGCCACCCAGGCUGGCCCACCCCUCCUCCUGGAGUGAAUCUCUGUGCACUUCCAUGCUCUGUGAUCCCCUUUUAAGUUGCUGCUGACGUUUAGGGUCAGGUGAGGAGGGGACCAAAGGAAUCAGAGCCAGAGUGGCAGCAGAGACUAGCCCAGGGAGACCCCAGGAUUCUUCGCAUCCCUUCCUCAUGCCUGGAUGGCAAGUGCGGGGUUGUCUCCUCAGGCUCCAGCCCCGGGAGCCUCUCAGUCCCUCUUGAGUGGGUGUUAGAGGCCCUCCCACCGCCACCCCGUGUGAACUGAGCCCUGCCAGCCUGUCCUUGGGUGUGUGUGAAGAGUCCACUUGGUACCAGGAGAGCUGCUCUGUCGGGCUGGGAUCCAGGGUGUAGGUGCCAUCAGGGACAGGGCUACACCUUCUUACCCUGCCCAGGCCUGCAGUGUCUGAGACUCAGCAGAAGCUCCCAGAGCCCCUGACCUGGGACUCCUGCUCCCCAGGCAGCUGCACUGUCCGACCCCCACCCCUGAGGACGGUCACUGCCUACCAUGCAUUCCUCAAUGUCCCCUCUAGCAGAGUCCAGGGCUCGUGGAGCCAAGACAGGGCCAGAGGGACUGGGGCAAAAAGGUGUGCUUCCUGUUUGGAGUUUGUUUUGGGGUUUCUCUUUAGUGUCUGCUCCCCUCUUCCUGGCCUCCCAGUUUCAGUUGUGUCUGACAGAGCAUUAGGUUUUCCUGUUACUGCUGUUUAAUAAUAAAGAUUCUGCUUUUGGCAGUCACGGACACUUUUUUCCUCUCCACCAACUGUCAGAAUUGGAGAACUGAAUGGGAUUGCCUCUGAGUGAUUGGGAUGGUUUCUGACCCCUGCAGUCACUAGAUCUAAUAUAUAUAAAGAGACUAUAUAUUGUAUGUUUACUUUCAUUUUCAAAAAGAGAAAGUGAAUAAAAAUG